UAGACAAUAGGAGUCUUAUUUGACUCAAUUUCUGCAUGAUGUAGCGUUCGAAACAGAAGGAAAAAAAUAUAUUUGCGUCAUCUGGGAACUGGGAAUCGAACUUGCAACCUUAAGGAAAGUUUGAACCCCCUUGACCACAAAACUAAGCUUUAGGCUUGUGUCAAGGGGAUGCAACAUUUAAUAUAUAUAUAUCCAUUAAAAAAUAAAUCUAACCCUAUCCACACAGUGUAACUUUCCGGCGAAACCCCCUUCUGCCCCCCUAGAUCCAUCCCUGGAAUUGGAUGAGGAUGAAAAGGUAGAUAUGAUUACAUCCAAAAUGAAAGGGAAUAUUGAAACAACAGUUUUGACAAUGGUGCUCGGCAACUCUAGUUUAGUUCAGAAGGAAUUCAAUUACACUCGAACAAUUAAUAAGUUAACUAUCUAAAUUUAGUUCCCUUAGCUUAGGAGAAAAUGAAAGAUUUCUGUGUAUCCUUUUCAAACCCACCACUAGCUACACUUUUUUUUCCUGCUCAAACCAUUGCACACUCUCCUUUCCGUAAGCAACCGGAAAUCUCAGUACACCAGUAAUGAUACUCAUCCACAAGCUCGUCAUACAUAUAUCUUAUUUGGCUAGAAAAGCUUAAAAUGCAACAUCAAUCAUGUAAAUUCCUCAAAUUAAGAUCUACACAGUUUUUUGUACUUUUAAGGAAUCAAAACAGACCACAGUGCUCAUUUCUAACACACAGCAGAGUUUGAUAGUCAAUCUAUGUUCAAUUCUUGCAGGUCAUGCUGACAGAUUUUGGACUGGCAAAAGAGAUUGAUGAAUCAAGCAGAUCAAAUUCGAUGUGUGGAACUAUGGAAUACAUGGCUCCAGAGAUUUUACAGUCAAAGGGCCACAAUAAAGAAGCUGACUGGUGGAGCGUUGGGAUACUUCUGUAUGAGAUGCUGACUGGUCAGCCACCAUUCACACAUUCAAUUAGAAAGAAGCUUCAGAAAAAGAUCAUCAACGAGAAAGUGAAACUUCUACCACGUCUGACCAGUGAAGCUCACUCUCUGCUGCUCAAAGAAUUGCUGCAAAAGGACGCAUCAAAAAGAUUAGGCAGUGGACCAAGAGGAGGGGAUGAGAUCAAAAGUCACAAGUGGUUCCGGUCAAUCAAUUGGAAGAAAUUAGAUGCCAGUGAACUACAGCCUAAGUUCAAACCAGAUGUAAUUGGCAGAGCUUGCACUUCCAAUUAUGACAAAUGUUGGACUACGAUGCCACCAGAUGACUCACCAGCAAAUACUCCGACAGCAGGCGAACACUUUCAAGGUUACACUUAUGUAGCACCAAAUCCUUGGCUCUCCUCUAGUUGAUUAAGACUGACAAUAAU